GCAGAGUUGUUAAACUGACUAGAAACAUCCUUCGGAUCUUAUUCAAACAGUAAAUAAUUAUUUUAAAAUUACAACAAAUUAAAUGAAUCGUUGCAGAGCGCACGUCAUUCAAAUUUGCAAAUCAUAAUUUAUAUUUGUUAAAACCCUCGUGAAUCGUAAAUUUUUAUGUUUAAAAUACCUAUACUAUAGUUAAGGAAAAGAUAAUAGUAUCUCUCAGACAUUAAAAAAAAAAAUAAAUAUCGCGAACGUGAAGUACGUCUUGCUCGGAACGAAUAUACGGCGUAGUGAGGGAAAAGGAGAGAAAGUAUUUGUCUGACGGAAAGAGACAGUGCAGCAUAUACCCUACCUGGACACUAUAGUGAGCAGACACCCUGGUGCAGAACGUCAGGAGACAAUCGGCAAGUCAGACCUAACUACACACCUCCAGACAAUUAUUUCCAUCAAUCAUCCACUUAUCGGAAAUCAAGUGACCGUGGAAAUAGUUCGAUAAAAACAUUUUUAACACCUAAACAAGGACAUUUAAAUUCUUUGUAAAUUUAUUUUAAAAAAUUGUGCAAAAGGAUAAAGUGACAAAGAUGUCAUCCCAAAGGCGGCAGAUGAUGCAGCCCUGGCCUCUCUGCAUCAUGCCCUUCUCCAGGCAAAAGGAGCGUUCCAUCCUUCCCAAAUAUUACAGUCGGGUGCCAUUCUUGACAAGAUCAUCGACAAGUUCAACGCUGACACAGGAUUGUGCAUCUAACACCACACUGGUGACAAAUGCAAGCCCAUUCAACAGUCAACAAGCUUUAAUUGCAAAUAAGAACCGGAACGAGAUCAACAACAAUCCCCCCAGUCAUUACUAUGCUACAAAUUUGACACAUGAGAACGGAGUAAAAAAUUCGCGAAUAUACAAUCCUUUGAACGAGGAUCUCAAGGAAUUCAAGCAAUUAGAGCCUCUGGUGGCCAAAGAUCAAGUGGGAACUGACAAUUCCAAUAUAAUCAUGGGUUCUCCGAUUCAACUGGAGGAGAAUGGCAAUAGACCCGUUCCUCCUCAUCCGAUAAAAGCUCGCAAUCCAAGGAUCUCAAUCCUCCCUCAAAUUCUGGCUGCACUGACAGUCUCUUUGGGCUCCAUGGUUGUAGGAUUCUCAUGCUCCUAUACAUCACCAGCUUUGCCAUCCAUGAAUGCUACAGCUCCGUUCGAAUUCAAUGAACAAAUUAGCUCCUGGAUCGGAUCAGUGCUACCACUAUCUGCUCUUUUCGGGGGGAUGAUCGGUGGUCCGUUGAUUGAAUAUCUCGGAAGACGAAAUACCAUUCUAGCAACAGCUUUUCCCUUCAUCGGAGCAUAUCUCUUCAUCGCAAAGGCAACCAGUCACUGGCUAGUGUUAGUUGGACGUGCUCUGUGUGGUUUAAGCGUUGGUAUCGCCUCCUUAUCGCUGCCAGUCUACCUCGGUGAAACAAUUCAACCUGAAGUUCGCGGAACUCUCGGUCUUCUUCCAACAGCCUUUGGUAACAUCGGAAUACUAAUUUGUUACGCCGCUGGAAGAUACCUUGACUGGUCUAAGCUUGCCCUCCUUGGCGCUUGUAUGCCAAUACCGUAUCUCUUGCUCAUGUUCCUCAUUCCCGAAACUCCAAGGUGGUACAUUUCCAAGGGCAGAGGGAAGCGUGCACACAAAUCACUUCAAUGGCUCCGUGGAAAACAUGCUGAUAUUAAUGAAGAGCUCGGUGGAAUUGAGAAGUCACACGUGGACACUGAAAGAAAUGCUGGACACAGCGUACUUAAUGAUUUACUGCAACCGAAAAAUAUGAAACCACUGGCAAUUUCACUGGGUCUCAUGUUCUUCCAACAACUUUCUGGAAUCAAUGCUGUUAUUUUUUACACCGUGGAAAUUUUCAAGAGCGCUGGCAGUACCAUUGAAAGCAAUCUCAGUACUAUCAUCGUGGGAGUUGUCAAUUUUGCAUCUACCUUCGUAGCAACAGCUUUGAUCGAUAGAUUGGGCCGUAAAAUCCUGCUCUACAUAAGCAGCGCUGCUAUGAUAGUAACUCUAGCAGCACUCAGCAUCUUCUUCUAUUUCAAAGAAACCGGUCACGAUGUAGUAGCUGUAGGAUGGCUACCACUCGUUAGUUUUGUCAUUUACGUGAUAGGAUUUUCCCUGGGUUUCGGACCAGUUCCCUGGCUGAUGAUGGGUGAAAUUUUACCAGCUAAGAUACGCGGACCCGCAGCCAGUGUUGCCACCGGUUUCAACUGGACUUGUACAUUUAUUGUAACAAAAACAUUCAAGGACAUUAUCGCACUUAUUGGAACAAGUGGAACGUUCCUCAUAUUCGCUGUUAUUUGCGCUGCCGGAUUAAUGUUUGUCAUAAGCCUUGUGCCAGAAACAAGGGGUCGAUCCCUUGAGGAAAUUGAGAGGAGAUUGACUGGGCCAGUGAGAAGGAUGAGUGCAAUUGCAAAUAUGAAACCUGUACCAACUGGUUGCUAGUUUCAAAGAUAAUUCUGAUUGAUUUAAUACUGCAUUAUCAAUGCAAUUUGCAUCGAGAAAAAAAAACGCUGAAUGGCCGAAUGCCAUUCCAGAGACGAGCUCUCUUAUUCCAUUAUUAUCAUGUUUGUUUUUAUCGUGUCGUGCUUGUCUGCAAUGAAAUCAUGUGAUCUAGUUCACAGCAAUAUUUUCCAAACACAGUUAGAGAUUUGACAGUUAAUAAGUAGAUAGAUAAGGGAAAUGAGAAUUGACGGUGGAUACAGUUUGCUCAAUUGGCAAAUGGUGCUUCGGUGUGCUUGAACUUGACCAAAAUAUUCCAUGAUUCUCAUGCUUUAAGACUAAUAGAUUGAUACAGUUGUGCAACUGUUGGUACUUGCUCUCAUAGUGAAUGUAGUCCGUAAUGGAGUGGAAUGAAAGAAUUUAAUUUAUGAUGAAUUUUAUUUUGGAAAGUCUUCAGGAGUCUACCUCAUUGCGAAUGAUAUGUAUAUAACAAAUUCCGAAAGGGGAUGUGUAGUGUGAUGAAAUUAGAGUUAGAGAAUAUUUAAUUUUUAUGAGCUAUUUUGCUAAGUGAUUGUAAAUAUUGUAAGAAGGAGGUUCAAAAUUAAGGUAUUUGUCGUACAGUAGAUAGUUGAGUGUAAAUAAGUGAUGAUAGUUAAGAGAAUAUCUUAUUCCGGUUGCACCAGUCUUAGUUACGUAAGUCUUCAAUUGAAAAUGACAGAACCGAUUCUGUUUGCGCAAUGAUAAAUUUAUAAAGGGGAUUUGAAACACCUAGUAGAGGUGCAGCCGCCUCGUAGUUAAUGCGAUUGAUCGUUUAAAUUUUAGGUAAAUUGGUAACUACGUGCCUUACGAUUUUUAAAUGCUGACUAGAGCCGUAGUUUUACAAAAAACAGCUUUCAAUAUUAUAUUGUAUCGGUAGAAGCAAUUAUUCAGAACAAGGACAUUCAUUCUAGUAAUGAAUACCCAAAGUAUAUUGAGAUUUAUUUACCAACACCUGUAGUGUACUUAAGUAUUGUGCCAUUUAACAAAAUUUUAUAGUUUUCGUCGAUCAAAUAAUGAGUCUGCAGGAUCUUAGAUAUUCCAAUGUCGUUGACUGAAAUGGUCUAUCAAUAAAAUUUAGGGACGAAAUGAUCAACAA